AUAUGCAGUGUUGUGAAACGCACACAAAAAACAUAUGAGAGAAAGAAAAAAAAACACAUACAAAUAAAUGGGUGACGUGCCUAGUGCCAACUCGUUGAAUUGUUAUUAUUUGUGAAUUGAAAAUAGGCCGAGUGCCCUGGCAAGUGGCAACAAAUGCGCUAGGCAACUCCAAGCCAGACACUAGACCAGCAGCAGCAGCGACAGAGCGGAGAAUUGUGUUUACGGAGACAAAAACAAAUAUGGGCAUUAACGUCAGCAGAAAUGCCGACUUGGCGUCAAAUGAGUUUCUUUUGCGGUUUGUGGGACGCCAGCAUAUUGCCCACGAUGAUGAGGCCUUCUGGAACGGUCUUCUCAACUACAAUAUUGUGAUGCCCGAGAACAGUCAGGAUCAGCUGAGUCUGGACUCGCGGCUAGAGACACUAUGCCAAUCGUUUAUUGGCAACAAUCUGAAGACAGGCAACUUUGGCUCGCUUAUCACCGUCUUUCUGGAGAAAGCCACCGAGCUGUUGUCACUUUCGGAUCAGGAGAGUAACAUGCAUGUGUGGCAGACGUUCAAUGCGCUCUUUAUCAUACGCACAUUGAUCAAAUAUAUCAACGAGACGGCAUCGGAGUUUCAGCUGCUACAGCACUUUGAGGCCAUGCCCAGCGCUGAGCUGCUAAAGGCCGCCGAGGAGCAACAACAGCAACAGGAUACGGCAACCAUUGCCAUAGAGGCUAUCGAAAAUCCACCAUUGGCCGCUCUCAUUGUGGACGGCGCCAAGUUUGAGACAUUCAUUGAUGCGCUCGUGAAUCUGAUUGUUGUCAUACCCGUCAAGGAGUUCACCUACCAUCUGCAUCUGGAGUCGGUGAAUACGCUAAUCACGCUGUUGGCCGUGCAUCUGUUUGCCCAGCAACAGCAGCCGAGCAGCCCGGAUAAAUCGAUCGUCUUUCGCACCAUUUACAAGUGCCAGCAUGCCAAUGUGCUGAUGUCGGCGCUGUUGCAUUUCGUGGCACGCAUGGUUGAGGUGCCGCACACUAUGUUCGGCUCCAGUUCGGCGGGCUCCUUUGUCUUUGGCAUUGCCGAAUCGUUGCUCUCCAUUUUCACGUUUCGCAAGCAACAGGAUGUCCUCAAGACGACCAAUGCCACGGGUGGCGAGUUGUCGCAACAGUUUCGCACGCACUAUCCGCUGGCUAAUCAGAGUCUCCUGUUGAUCUUGGUACUGACGAAUCAUUGCACCGCCCAGGACAAUGCGUAUCGUAACAGUUUGUUUGGCUGCGCCGACUCCAAGGACUCGCCCAAACAGAGCAGCGGUGCUGUUUCCUUUCAAAUUGACUUCUCCGCAGUGUAUGAGACGCUGUGCCGCAUUGUGACCAUCGAUCAGGCUACGUUGCUGCUGUACUUGCUGUUGCAUCGCAACGAACGCUUCUAUCGGUUUGUCAUGCAGCAACCGGAUCUGGAGCAGCUGGUGAUACCCAUACUGCAAACGCUCUACAAUGCACCCGAUAGCAAUUCACAUCACAUUUACAUGUCGCUCAUUGUGCUGCUCAUUCUCAGCGAGGACGAGGGCUUCAACAAGAACGUGCACACGAUUCUGCUGAAGAACAUUAGUUGGUACACGGAGCGCACCAUAUCGGAGAUAUCACUGGGCGGCAUUUUGAUACUGAUUGUCAUACGCACGAUUCAGUACAAUAUGCUAAAGAUGCGGGACAAGUAUUUGCACACCAAUUGCCUGGCCGCAUUGGCCAACAUGUCCGGACACUUCCGAUCAUUGCAUCCGUAUGUGGCUCAGCGUCUGGUGUCGCUGUUUGAGACGCUGGCGCGUAAACACACACGACUGGAUGCCCAGUUGAAGGAGCCGGCGGAUAGUGCCGUCUUUGUGAAUGUAUCGACAACGCCCGAGGACAUGAUGCAGGAUUUGAGUGUGCUGGAGGAAGUGCUGCGCAUGGUGUUGGAAAUCUUAAACUCCUGCCUUACAAAUCAGUUGGUCUAUUGUCCCAAUCUUGUCUAUACGCUGCUCUACAAGCGCAGCGUCUUCGAAGGCUUCCGCAGCCAUCAUGCGUUUCAAGAUGUUAUACAAAAUAUCGAUAUGGUGGUUGGCUUCUUCUCGUCGCGUUUGCAACGUGUACAAGAGCAACGUGGCGAAUUGGGAGUAAAUGAGGUGCUCGAGGUGAUAUCGAAAGGCGCCAGCCAAUGGUCUAGCGAUCGACUGCGGAAAUUUCCGGAUCUGAAGUUUAAGUACGUCGAGGAGGAUGCGCCCGAGGAGUUCUUCAUUCCAUAUGUGUGGACGCUGGUCUGCAAAUACGGUUGCGUGCACUUCAGCUCCGAGAGCAUUAAGAGUGUCACCACAGACAUUGCCUGCUAAUAUAAGACCACUCUUCACUCCACGCUCUACGUUCUUCUACGUUCGCCCACUUCCCUACAAUUACUUAUCCACAUACGCUGUUCCGCUUUCAUUUGCUUUUUUAGUCUAUGUCUUAACAAAUUAUGUGUAAUCCCAGCUAAAAACGAGAGGGAGCCUGGCUCGCUCCGCUCUGAUUACCGUCAAGCCAAAUGGUCGAAACAUAAGCGAUACCUAAUAGAGAAAAACAAAUUAACGUUGACGUUAAAAGUAUCCUCUCGAUGAACUAAUGAUAAUACAUAGAACUAGGCUGCAGAGCAUAAACGAAAUCAACAAAUAUAAAUAUAAUAAUAAUUAAUAAUAAAAUACAUAUUUUGCUACCGCUAAAAACAGUUCAGAUAGUUGAGGAUGAAAAAAAAAGUUAAGCUCCGAUAACGAUUGUACUAAUCAAAUAAAGACAAAAGCAAAACGAUAUAAAUAUUAUUGAUAAAUUAAAUUACAAAUUUAAAGAGAAAACAAAAAUUGAAUAUAUACAUAUAUAUUUACAUUGUGUAUGUUAGUUAUAAUGAUUAUAUAUUAUUGUAUUUAGCAAUUGGAAAAGAUCGAUAAAUUAAAUAUUAACACGAGUUGAUGAAGUUUCACAGUA